ACGAAAGUGGGGACGCAAUUAAAAACAGGUAUAUAUUUGCGUCAAGGUAAUUUCAAAUCAAACUUUGGUUAGUGAUCAUACAAUGGCGUCAAUAGCUUUGUGUCUUUUCAGCCUUCUGGCGUUUUCUCAUGCUGCCGUUCUACCAUUUUUUGACCCCAGAAUCAUAGGUGGAGAAAAUGCUAGAGAAGGUGAAAUUCCAUAUCAGGUUUCUCUUCAAGAAAAAUAUUAUGAUUUCCACUUCUGUGGCGGCUCAAUCUUGAAUGAUAACUAUGUUAUUACGGCCGCUCACUGCGUUGACGGGAAAGAAGCUAGUGACAUAAAAGUUGUUGCUGCCACCAUCAACCUACGUGACCCAAAAUCGCAACAUGAAGUUGAAAAAAUUAUUGUACAUCGAGAAUAUGACCCAUCUAAUUCCUAUAUUAAUGACAUUGCUUUAGUAAAGGUAAAAACUGCCUUCAAAACAUCUGUCACCGUCGCACCCGUUCCUCUACCAAAAAAAGGUCACGACGUUAACACCAAUGAUGUUGCUGUCGUGUCAGGAUGGGGCACAAUUAGGACAGGAGGGCCGAGCCCUGAUGAGCUACAACGAGUCAACAUCCUCAUCGCUGAUCAAGCUUUCUGCAAUUAUGUGUAUCAGAAAGAUCUUAAUAUGAACGUUUAUCCCACGCAAGUUUGCGCGAACGAUCCGUCAGCCAAGAAAGGAGCUUGCAAUGGUGACUCUGGUGGCCCAUUGACUGUCAAUGGAGAACUCGUUGGAAUAGUAUCUUGGUCGUUAGAUUGUGCUCUUACUACUCACCCCACCGUUUACACACGUGUUAUCUCUUAUCUAGAUUGGAUUGAAAACAACGCAGUCUAGGUCAAUUUUAUUCUCUUUCACAACUACGACUCUGUCCUCUGUAUUAUAUAAUUUUCUAACUAUUGUUCUUAAAAAGAAAAGAUAUUUUUUUAUGUAUAUAUAGUGUGUGUGUAACGAUGGAAUGUACAUAAAAUUAUACGUGGUAAAUCCUCAAAAUUUGUAUACGUUUCCAAUGAAAUAAAUAUUAUUGAUAUAUUCAAA